CAUUAGGACCCACGGGCUACUAUUUAGUCGCCGUGACUUUACCAGAUGACUGCUCAAAGUGCAAGUGUAAACUCGCCAGCACUAUUUUUCCCUAAUGCGUGUGAAUCCAGAGAAAAAAGUCAAAAUGAAAGACCCAGUGGGUGGAUGCACAUAUAAUAGAAUAUAUCAGCAUAUCAAAACGUUUGCCAAACGUGAUGACAAUUACUGCAAAGACCUGGUUUAUGUCCUUCAGCAGAGGAUUGAACUGGAAAAGAUGUAUGCCAAGGGUCUCAACAGGCUAGCUAACAAAGUUACAAAAGCAUCCAAAGACAUAAUUAAAAACUCCAUUUUUAAAGGAUGGAAUUGUAUUGCUCAAGAAAUGUCAUACACUGCAGAUCUGCACACGACAUUAGCCAGUGCCAUUCAGGAGGAAGCUGUCAGACCCAUUUCCAAAAUGUUGGAUGAGCAUUCUAAAAGAAGGAAGUCAAACUUCGAACUUUCACAUCAGUUGGAUAAUACAGUUGAAAAGUCCUCAAAGCUUGUUACAGGCAACUGGAAUCAACAGAUUCAGUGCAAGAAGAAAGUGAUGGGACUUACCAAAGACCGUGAAGCCAUAUUUCGUGCUGUGGAAAACAACAAGCAAAUAGUAUCUGAAAAGGAGAAAAAUAAGCUGCAAAAGAAGCUGAAAAAAUCAACGGAGAUGCUGUCAAAAGUAGACCAACAAUAUUAUGAUCUGAACAGAGCAGGUGAAGACAUCAGGUUGAAAUGGGAAUCUGUGUUUGAACAGUCUUACCAGGUAAUCCAUGAUUUGGAAAAAGAGAAAAUAAAACUCCUGUCUAAUAUCUUAAAUAAAUACAGCCAGCAUAUCAAUUGCUUUGGAAGAACACUAAUAGAACGUCAAAUGCAAAUUCAUCAAGUUGUACAAAACGUCAGUGUUGAUGAGGAUAUUCAGUCAUUGUUGGAUAAUGCAUCCAUUUUAUCAGAUGAGAACAAAAUAGGAUUUCUGCUGACAGAUUAUUAUGAGGAAGAUGGUAGGAACAGUAUGGAUGAGGGGAGGAGGAAGACUGGACUAUCGCUGAAAAUCCAAAGGCUUCAAGAGGACAUAGACAAAAUAAAGAAGGGCCAACAAGGUUUAGAGAAGAUGGUUAGAACAAGUUUCAGAAAUCCAUCAUUUUCAGAUUCAAAACCUGAUGAAGCAACUGCGUCAAUGAGAGAUGAGUCAUCACUGAAACUAACACUGUUGGAAGUAAAUCUCUACAAACUUACAUCGUCUAUGGCAGAACUAGAAGGAAAUUCCAAGCCUUUUCAUCCACUGAGUGAUAACAUCACUAACUGGAAAGAUAAGGAAUAUUAUCACAGUUUGGUGCAGAUAUCACGUCCUGUGAAAAUGAAAACUAUACAUCAGAGGAGCCUGACAGACACUAUAUUUUUGGAUAACAGUAACGAUCACCAUGGACCCGACCCCCAGCAAAUAUCUGAACCUAUAUAUGCGAAUCAGACAAUUAAUUCACAUCAUACAAAAAUAAGGACCAAACAAUCGGAAACAACUGCAGGAUCAGCUGACUAUGCUACAGUUGAUAAUCCUGGUCAAGAGAUUGGAACCUGCAAGGCUCUGUAUGAUUAUGAAGCUGCUAGAGAUGAUGAACUUAACAUGCAACAAGGCGAUAUACUUAUUAUUUACAAGAAAGAUGUGACCGGAUGGUGGAUUGGUAGCUUGCGAGGAAAAAAGGGCAUUUUUCCAGCUACUUAUGUGGAGGAAUUGCCGCAAAAGGAAAAAGGCACAUCAGAAGCAUAAAGGAGUAGGGACUUAUGUCAUUGCCUAUCUGGCUGAAAACAGGAUGGUAUGACAAAAUGCACUGGACCUUGAAGAAUUAGAAAUACUAUAAUGUGGAUUUCUAACACAUUUAAAGAUAACACUAAUUUCCUGUUUUGGACACAUCUUUUAUAUUGUCAUACUAUAUCAACAGAUUUUAAAAGGUUAGAAUUUAUCAAGAAAACUUUAUCCUUUUGUGACCCUUGGAUAUUGUACAAAUCGGAGGCGAGUGUGAUUCAAAGGGCAAUUAGGAGACAAGGUGAGUAACACCUGAAUCAGGUUGAAAGAUUUUAACUGGGAAUCAUGAAUCUAGUGUCAAAUCAAUUACAGGAAAAAUAUUAAAUGUAAAAGAUCGGAUUUAAGAAAGAAGGUUGUAAA